GGCCGCCACUACCGGCCGCUCCCCGUCUAGCCUCCGGAUGUCCGCUACUCUGCGCCGUACGCACAACACUCUCAAGACAAUGUAACAACAAUCAAUUCCAAUGAACGCCGAAGGAUUGUUCUUGGUCUAGUGAGAAUGAUAAAACAGCAGCAAGCCCAUGUGUUAAAGGUUUUUUCACAAAACUUCUGCCCUUUCCUUCUUGUAGAGAUCAUGAAACUGUUUGGAAACAGGCAGAUUUCCUUCGCAUUUUUCAAGUUUUAUUCAUCUGGGGAUGAUUAUUCAGAGGGGACAGUGCGGGCGUGCUGCAUGGCGGCGCAUCUUUUGGCGGCCGAGGGAUUUCGGCCGUCGGCCCAAGAUUUGCUGUCAUGGGUUGUGGCCAGAAUCGGAUUGGGUAGGAGUUGGGAGGUGGUGGAAUACAUGUGCAGUGAGCAUUACAAAUACGAGACGGAUUUCUCGGUUCUUGAUUCGCUUAUGCGUGCUUUCUUGAACGCGGAUAUGGUUCCGCGAGCCAUGGAGAUGGUGGAUAGGAUGAGGGAGGUUGGAACGAAGCCUAGCUCGUCAGCUGUUAGUAUUCUUUUCAAAUUGUUGUUAAGGAUUGGGGACUAUGGUAGUGUUUGGAAGUUAUUUAGGGAUAUGGUUGAUAAAGGACCUCGUCCUUCGAAUUAUACUUUCAACGUGAUGAUCCUUGGGUUUGUUCGUAAAGGGUAUCUCGAAAUUGGAGAGUAUUUAUCUUACAUGAUGGAAAAGUUUCAAUUGGAACCAGAUGUGUAUGCAUAUAACAUUUUGAUCAAUGCGUACUGCAUUAGGGGCCGAACAUCAGAUGGGUUGGCUUUGUUGCGUUUCAUGAUUGAAAGAGGCUGUAAUCCUAGCAAUGUUACGUUUAAUACACUUAUCAAUGCCUUGUGCAUGGAGGGAAAUGUGGUUGAGGCAAGGAAACUGUUUCACGGGAUUCGAGAGAUGGGUGUAUUUCCAAACACCAUUAUGUACAACACUUUGAUGAAUGGAUAUGUCAAGGCUAGGGCCAUUGGUCAGGCAAACAUGCUUUAUGAAGAAAUGAGGAACGCGGGUGUUCCACCUGAUGGUGUAACUUUUAAUAUUUUGGUUGCCGGACAUUAUAGAUAUGGAAGGGAAGAAGAUGGUGAUAGGUUGUUGAGAGAUUUGUCCAUGUCUGGAUUGCUUCCUGAUUCUUCACUGUCUGAUAUAUCAGUUGCAGGAUUGUGUUGGGCUGGACGUUUGGAUGAGGCCAUGGGAAUUCUGGAAGAAAUGCUUGAAAAAGGAAUGACAGUUGGUCUAAUUGCUUUCAACUCUGUUAUUGCGGCUUACAGCAGUGCAGGGGUAGAAGACCGAGCCUUUGAAGCCUAUAAACUUAUGGUGAACUAUGGGCUCAGUCCAUCAUCUUCCACGUGUAGUUCUCUCUUAAUGGCUUUGUGCGGAAAAGGGAGGCUGCUAGAAGCGAGGGAACUGAUGAAUGGAAUGAUAGAUAAAGGAUUUCCUGUUAAUAAAGUGGCUUUCACCGUGCUUUUAGAUGGAUGUUUCAAAAUGGGGGACAUUCCGGCUGCUCAAAGCCUGUGGGAGGAAAUGGAGAGAAGAGGGAUGUCUCCUGAUGCUGUCGCCUUCUCUGCCAUAAUUGAUGGACUUUCCAAAGCAGGUCUUGUCGAGGAGGCAUACAGCGUGUUUUUGAAAAUGUCAAAGAAAGGGUUUGUUCCUAAUAAUUAUGUGUACAAUUCACUUAUUGGUGGAUUUGUUAACUGUGGCAGAUUAAGUGAAGCACUGAAGUUGGAGAAGGAAAUGCGACAGAUAGGUCUUGUUCCUGAUGUUUUCACCAUUAACAUAAUCAUUAAUGGGUUUUGCAAACAAGGUAGGAUGAAAUCAGCAGUUGAUACUUUCAUGGAUAUGUACCGGAUGGGAUUGACACCAGAUAUUGUUACUUACAAUACUUUGAUCAGUGGGUAUUGCAAAGCUUUUGACAUGGUGAAUUUGGAUAAUUUUGUGAAUAAAUUGCAUGCCAGCGGGUGGGACCCUGAUAUUACAACCUAUAAUGUUCGCAUCCAUGGGUUUUGUAGUAGUCGGAGAAUGAAUCAAGCUGUGAUGAUGUUGGAUGAGCUUGUUUCGUCAGGUGUUGUUCCGAAUACAGUUACGUAUAACACAAUGAUGACCGGUGUUUGCAAUGACAUACUGGACCGUGCGAUGAUUUUGACGGCAAAAUUGCUUAAGAUGGCUUUUGUUCCCAAUAUUGUUACCACUAACUUGUUGCUGUCUCAUCUUUGUAAGCAAGGGCUGCCAGAGAGGACCUUGAUGUGGGGCCAGAAGUUAAGUGAGAUUUGUGUUGAUUUCGAUGAAAUCACCUUUAAGAUACUAGAUAGGGCAUAUCGUGACAUUCAAGAAGACGCACAUUACUCAAGAGGAACAUCAGGAAAGAGCCUCUUUCUUGACUUCUUGAUGUACAUCACUUACGACUAUUUGUGCAGAUAUAGGACCCCUAGUGAGAAAGGUAAACAUUCUUUUCAGCUAACCAACAGUGGUCCUAGUCGGUUGUGCAAUGUUUCCAUUAGGACCCCUGGUGUUAUUUUUUAGAACUUGGUUACAGAAUUCGCGAAAACCUUACUUUACGAAGGCAAGGAUUGAU